CGCUCGGCACGAAGGUGCUGCAGCCGACCGGGCACAUGGGGGGCGGCUGCAUCAGCCACGGCCAGAGCUACGACACGGACCACGGCCGGGUGUUCGUGAAGUGCAACUCGCAGCUGGAGAUAUGUUAAAUUUCCCAUGUGUUCUUUCUACAACCCCUGCCUGACUCUUGUAGAGAAACGUUUCUUCAUGCGAUGAGUGUCACUGAUCUCAGAGGAGAAACUCAGGAGAGCCAGAAGAAUGUUUGAGGGAGAAAUGGCAAGUCUGGAAGCCAUUCUGAAAACAGAGACUAUAAAAGUGCCUAAACCGAUCAAAGUCAUAGACCUGCCUGAGUGCAGUACUGUGUUUGUGAUGGAACAUUUGGAAAUGAGGGCCGUGAACAGACACUCAGCACAGCUUGGAACUCAGCUGGCUGAUCUUCACCUUUAUAACCAGAGACUUGGAGAGAAGCUGAAGAAAGAGGGGAGCACAGUUGGUAAAGGUCAAGGGCAAACAGAAGUCCAGUUUGUGGAUCAGUUUGGCUUUCAUACAGUUACCUGCUGUGGCUAUCUUCCACAGGUGAAUGACUGGCACAGUGACUGGGUGAGUUUCUUUACUAGACAAAGGAUCCAGCCCCAGAUGGACAUGAUUGAAAAGAAAUCAGGUGACAGAGAAGCAAGAGAACUUUGGGCACAGCUUCAGCUGAAGAUACCCAGUUUGUUCUGUGAUAUGGAAAUUUUUCCUGCUCUCCUGCACGGGGAUCUCUGGGGCGGAAAUGUAGCUGAGGAUGAUUCUGGUCCGAUUAUUUUUGAUCCGGCUUCUUUCUACGGCCAUUCAGAGUACGAGCUUGCAAUAGCUGGGAUGUUUAGUGGCUUCACUAGUUCUUUUUAUUCUGCUUAUCACAGUAAAAUCCCCAGAGCUCCAGGGUUUGAGAAACGCCUGAAGCUUUAUCAGCUGUUCCACUAUAUGAACCACUGGAACCAUUUUGGGUCAGGGUACAGAGGGUCUUCUUUAAACAUUAUGAGAAACCUUGUAAAGUAAGUUACUGCUUAAGCCAAAACUUCCUGUGUUGUUUGGAGAACCCCAUACUUGGUAGUGCAGCUGAAGGAGUAUUAAUGUUAAAAACAACCUGUGAGACCCUUGACCUUGUUAAAGACCUAGAACCAGUGUCUCCUGCUGAAUACCAAGUGUAAAAUAGUAAUCUCUUUCUGGGAUAGUUGGGGAUAACUCUAUGAGGAAAAAAACUAAUCAAAGACUGAAUUUGCACAAUGCAUAAAGGUCUCAGUGUCCAGAAAGCAUGUGAGACUGUGUAGGGUAACGCAAAUAAACACCAAGGAGGUACUUAAAAGAAGUUGCUUGCUGCAUUUUGGUGUGUCUUCCUCUUUCAGCUCGUCAUGUCCAGUGGUGUGCGUGAGAGCAACGUUAACAACAGAGCUUGAAAGUACAGGAAAAUUAUGUAGCAAUUUUAGGAAUUACGUUUAGGAGCCGUGAGAAGGGAUUUGGAGUUGAAAUUAAUUUUCACAGAAUCAGAGUGGGUGAGGUUGGUGGGGAGAUCAGAGAAUGUAAUCUAGUCCAACCUCCCUGCCUAAAGAGAUUACUUAGGAUUGGCUCUAGAGGCUUUUAAAGACCUCCAUGGUUUUGCUGAUUGAUUCCAUUGGAUGCAGACUUUUGGUGCCUCCUGAAGUGCUUGUAGUCUGUUCUAAUGCAAUAAAACCUGCACAUGCUUCACAUGUUCGACUAAAGCCAGUCAAAAUCUAUCUAAUCAUGCAAUUAUAUCAGCUGGCACCUUGUUUUUUCACACCCCCAAAGAAAACUAUAAAAAUACAACUUUAAAGGGGACUGAGGUCAGGGGAGACUCCUGGGAUGGCUCUUAGGCUGUAACCCUCUGCUUCUCCACAAGAUUCCGAGGGGAUACUACUGCUUGUGCUUUCUGAUACCAGUGUGUUUAUCAGCAAUAGUUUAUUACCCUUACUUUGGCACAAGGAUCAGUAAACCACAGCAUUUUAUGUCUCUGGGACCACAGAUGUGCCCAGUGUCAAGGCUGCACCAUUUGUACACCUGUGCUCGUGAGAGUUCCAAUGCAGACUUAGAGAGCUGCACUGUUCAUUCUGAAAUAUUCUGUGUAAAGUCUCCCAGGGCCUCAGACAUGCAGGAAAGGAAAAGAUGUAGAACCCUCUGGGCUCAGUACUUGUCUAGAUAACCUGGAAAGCAAGGGGUCUUCCUUUCCUAAACUCUCAUAUGACAGUCCCCACUAAGUGCAUGCUGUGGCUGUUGUGGUAAGAGACAUGAAAGGGAAGGAAGAUAACAGAGCAGCACUUCACCCUGAUGGCAGCUCCACAGGCUGUGGCUUUAAUACUGAAUUUGUACUCUUUUGAUGUAGGCUGGCAGUGCUGCUUCUGUGCAAUCUACCAGGUAGGUGAGAGAGAUGCAUGAUGCUAACAUGGACUUGGAGUGUUGGGGAAUGACUUGUAUUAACUAAAACUGCUUUGUGCUGGAUGUUGGCAGAUUUCUGAGGGUUUUCUAGUUGCUAGUUUGGCGGUUACUGACACAAAUUUGAAACAUGUUUGGAGAAGACUGAUAUUUGUUACUACUUCCCUUAAUUCUACUACUUUUCUCACUGGCUGUUUGACUUCUGCUGCAAAACAUCUGCUUGGUAAAGUAGGUUUUACUUUCACCUUGUUAGCUGAAUAAAUGUUUCUCACUUGA